AUGACCUUCUCCUACUGGAUAGUCAUUUUACGCCUCAGCUUCUGCGGUGGUAUAGAUUUCGAUAAGAUCUUGGCUGAAUCUGAGGGCUAUGAUACAUCCGAUGACCCUAUUCUCGGCACAGUGAGCCCAGUGGAGAAGACGAGUGAGCCGGAGUUCGUCUCAACUCCUCAAUGGACAACUCCGGUGAGCUCGGAGGGGCCCAUUAUGGAUCAAGAGUAA